AUGUUGGUAGCUAAUAGUUUCGAUCUAUGGCGGAAAGAUACUUUCUUCUCUGCGGCGGAGGAGGUGCAGGAAUCAGCUGAUAUAAUGGAAUCAGCAUAUAGAGCAUGGUUAAGAGAGAGGAGAGAAAGGUCAAAUACUGUGGAUUUAAAUGAAUUAUGUAGGGAGCUCCAAACUGCUUUAGGUACCGCGAAAUGGCAGUUGGAAGAAUUUGAGAAAGCUGUCAGGCUAAGCUACCGACAUCUUGGUGAUGACAAUAGAGCCACUAGGCACAGGCAGUUUAUUUCUGUCAUCGAAAGCCAAAUUUCCCAGGUUGAAGUAACUCUGAGGGAGUUUUAUAUGGAGGAAGGUAAGCAACCCCUUCGAUGGGUGAAUCUUGAUGAAGAAGAGCGAGAUGAUUUUGCCGCGUUUCUAUCUGGAACCUGCGAGACGAUCCAAAGCACUAAGGAUGAAUGCAUGGAUGUUUCUCCUUCAACAAAAAUCUCACUUGCGCAGAAACAAGUCAACAAAGAAGAUAAAAUUGUAAAUGCUUUUUGCAGCUAUGAUAGUUCUACAAAUGAAAAGGUGUCUAUGGAUGCUAUUGCUUUUAACAAGGGCAGAGAUUAUGCAAUAGAAAUAAAAGCAGAUGACAUUUCUAGGAAUAGCGAUGAUGUAGUUUCUCAAACAGAUGUAACAACUAGUACAAGGAAGACAUGGAGUCCUCCACCAAAUUAUGCUGCUUUAAGAAUUGUAAUUGCCGAGGAAGAUGAGCAGAGGAAUAAACUCACACGGUCCGUUGAUGCCACCCCUAAAGAUAAAGGAAUCAAACCUCUCUUUUGGAAACAAAAAUUUGAAGAAUAUCCUCAGGCCAUGCGAGCAGUUCAUAUGUUCAAUCAGCUUUUUGGUCGCAUUGGUUUAUGCCAAAGAAAGCUUCAAAGUCCCUUGCGUUUGCGACGCGGCCGUUCUCUUAAAGUUACACUUGCUCUAAUGAUUAUCAUUUUUCUCUUUGUUCCCUUUGUAUUUUAUUCAACAUGA